AUGACUGACCGUCUACAACUUCAGGAUGAUGACCGUGAAUUAUCAAUGGAUGCUGGGCAAAAUUAUGAGAAACAUAGGAUACUGGAAAAUAAAUUCUUGCAUUGGCUUUCCCAGAAGUUUUCGGUGAGCGAGGCGGUAGACGAGCUGCUCAUGCUUGGGAAAAUUGCAUGCCCUGUACUUAUGACAACACUGCUCAUAUGCUCCAAAUCAAUGAUUUCCAUGCUUUUCUUGGGCCGCAUGGGGAAAACAGAGCUAGCCGGUGGCUCCCUCGCCAUCGGAUUUGCAAAUAUCACAGCCUUUUCGGUCAUGAAAGGCCUAUCGAUGGCAAUGGACCCGAUUUGUUCCCAAGCCUUUGGAGCCAGGAGAUGGUCAGUCCUAAGCCAAACUUACCUCAAAACAUUCCUCCUCCUCUUAUUCGCUUGCAUUCCCAUCUCAAUCCUUUGGCUUAACAUCGACCAUGUCUUUCACCGGUUAGGCCAGGACCACAGUAUAACAAAAGUCGCCAAAGUGUACCUGUUAUUUUCGCUUCCCGAAUUGCUCGCCCAUGCUCAUUUGAUCCCCUUGAAGUCAUUUUUAAGGGUUCAGGGACUAAACUCGCCAUCAACCCUGGCUACUGCAGUUUCCACAUUACUGCACCUACCUAUUUGUUAUCUUUUCGUGACAUACUUGAAUUUACGCGUGAAAGGCCUUGCACUGAGCUCCAUUUUGUACACGUUAAACACCAACAUUGGCUUGUUGAUUUACAUUGCCCUUUCGAAAGUAUCGCUAAAACCUUGGGUUGGGUUGACGAUAGGGUCUACUUUCCACGGCUGGUGGCCGUUGCUUAGCCUGGCGUUGCCUAGUGUGUUUUCUGUUUGCUUGGAAUGGUGGUGGUAUGAGAUCAUUCUAUUUCUUGGUGGACGACUGAGCAAUCCGGAGUCUUCAGUUGGGGCAGUGGGCAUAUUAAUGCAAACGACAGGGACCUUUUACGUAUUCCCUAAUGCUCUGAGCGUGAGCAUAUCGCAGCGCGUGGGCCACGAGUUGGGUGCGGGUGAAGCUAGCCGUGCCAAGAGGGCGGCCAUAACCGGUAUAUCAGUCGCUCUCUCUUUCGGCUUCGUAGCUCUGGCUCUGGCAAUCGCUCUAAGAUCCGUGUGGGGGAAAAUGUACACCAAUGACCCGUUGACACUGGCGUUGAUCACGAAUACGCUUCCAAUCUUAGGCCUGGCAGAAGUCGGGAACGCGCCCCAAACGGCUACCUGUGGUGCCCUGAUGGGAUCUGCCAGGCCUAAGGUGGGAGCCCGUAUCAAUCUAGCAUCGUUUUAUAUCAUUGGUUUGCCAGUUGCGGUUCUUUUGACAUUCAAAUUGGGAAUUGGGUUUGCGGGUUUAUGGUGGGGAUUAGUUGCAGCACAGUAUUCUUGUGUGGUGAUGAUGUUGUACACAUUGUAUCAAACAGAUUGGAAGUACCAGGCUGUAAGGGCCGAGGAGCUUACCCUGGCUGCUGGAGAAGAUGAUUUGAAUACCAGCCUAGUAGCUUGA